GAAUACUAGCUCCACACUAAACUCAACUUCUUCUCAUCUCGGCAAUUCAGGCACGAUGGCUCAGAUUAUCGUGUCUGAUUCCAACUUGACGCCUGUUGUCCAAAUCGUCACUUGGAUGUCUUUGGUCAUUAGUGCGUUGGCUUUUUUCACGCACGCUGGUAUAACAAUCUACACGUCCAGAGCUGUCAAUCUAGAAACAGUGCUUGUCUUCUGCUCCCUUGUUUUUGGCACUGCACAGUCUAUCGCUGUAUCGGUGCAGACAUCGAAUGGCUUUGGAAAGCCCUCAAAUCUCCUCAGUGAGGAUCAGUUACACGCGAUGUUGAAAGCAAGUACUGAAGAGAAUAGUCAAUAUGCCGCUACUAUACUCUUCUUUUUUGCGGUCGCCUUUUCGAAAUUCGCAAUCGUUGCUUUUAUUCACGGCUUGACCCCCAAGAAGCUCGACAGGAACUUGAACUAUGGUCUGGGAGGAUUUGCACUAGUAUGGCUGAUUGUCGGCGUGUUUGUCUCAGCAUUCCAGUGUAAACCGCCGGAUACUUGGGAUUUGUCUUCAGGUCUAUGUAUCGAUCGGGUGGCAUGGUGGGAUGCGGCAACCAUCACGAACAUGAUCUCGGAAGUUGCUAUCGUGGCAUUAGAAGUAGGAAUCAUGAUUCCUUUACAUGUGGCAUGGCCACGGAAGACUUUUAUAAUCAGUCUUUUUGCCUGUCGUUUACUGGUGGUUUGUGUUUCGGCCAUUCAGCUUUAUUAUUUUCACAAGGACAGCAGCACGAGUCCUCUCCGAACCGAUUUUGCGCUUGGGUACUGGCGGUCGACCGUUUGCAACCAGAUCGUUCAAGGCCUCGCCAUCGUUACAACCUCUCUUCCUUACGCCAAGUUGUUUAUGGAGUGUUUCGAAUCCGGGCUGAUUCGUGUCGACGAGUUGCGCCGAAAGGGGGAGCAUUCCACUGAAGGAAGUGGGAAGGGGAGUGGGAAGGGUUACAAGCUCCUCGAUAUUUCACGAAAUGGGCAGCAAGACGGUAUCAGCACCACGAAGACCUUCGGUGUAGAGAGGGCGCAGUCUUGAUGCGCAUGCAUCUUGCACAAGACCUCAGCAAGCAGCCCCACGCGUUCCUCAUGCCCGUCCCAUAAUUACAUGGU